GGAGAAUGGGUUGGAUUUUAAUUCAUGAUCGACAAAAUAUAUUUGGAAAAGAGGUCCGCCGUGGACUACAAGCAUUGAGCCAAAGGAUCAUUGGAAGCAAUACUAUUGUGCAAGGAGCAUUGCCUGCCAUUUUAAGGGACACUCCAGAAACAUUUUUUGAAGACUGCAUUGAAAUUGUUCAGAGAAAUGCAGUUCUGGCCUAUUCUAUUAUCGCAGAAGUACCAGGACUAAAGCCUGUUAUGCCAGCUGGAGCUAUGUACAUGAUGGUUGGAAUUCAAAAAUCAUCUUUCCCAGCUUUUAAGCAUGACAUGGAUUUCGUUGAAUUCCUGAUGUCGGAGCAAUCAGUCUUCUGCCUUCCCGGAUGUUGCUUCGACUAUCCGAACUACUUCCGAAUAGUGUUGACGGUUCCAGAGGAACAAAUGAUUGAAGCUUGCGAACGCAUCAAGGAGUUCUGCACCAACCACUACACUCUUAGUUCACCCACUCCGUCAUACAAUACGGAGAUGUUAUUGAAGACGCAGAUGCCGCUCCAAGUCUGAUGGAGAGUAAGAAGUUUGAAGAUCUUGUAUGAUUUGUGUUCAAACAUAGAAAUGUUUUAUCCUUUGACUGAGAUAUUGCUAUAUCUAAAGCAUUUAUUUAAAAGCGGUUGUAUUCUUAUUUAAGGUAUAGGUAAACUCUGUUUUCAUAUUUUCUAAAGGUAGAUACCACACUUAAUAUACAUUUUUAGGAUUUUUAGUAUCCUUAAUUAAAAUUGAUUAAAAGUAACUACGCAAAUUAGGGAUCACAAAUUAUAAUUCAAGUGAGAUAGAACAAAAACCGGCGUUGGUAGGACCUGGAAUAAAUCAGAAAGUGGCAGCUAAGAUUUUCUACUGAAAAUAUUUAAAUAAAGGUUUAACUUAAGAGUUGCGAAAAAAUGAAAAAUCCGAAUUUUUUAGAUUUGCAUAUACGUUUCAUAAAAUAUUUGCAUAAAAUGUGGUAGAUAUGAAUAACUUAAAAUAUUACUUUCUAAAAUUUCGCUUGAAAAACGUUGACAUAUUUAGUGGUCAAUAUAAGUAAAGGAUGGAUUAAAAUCAUCUUUUUGAGGAUGGAAUUUAAAUUCGGAUCUAACAAAAAGGGAGGAAUUCCAGUCCUAGUAGAGAAAUAAAUUGGUUUAUGAUCAUUUUAAUCCUUCCUUUGCUGUUCUUGGCCUCAAUAAUGAUUAUUCAGAGUUUAAAAAACGUUUUUCUCUCUUCAAUAUGAAUUUGAGCCUUCAUUUUUACAAGGAUAUAUAUAUAUAUAAAGGGCAAUCAGUACAUAACACCCCACAUAAAAAAUUUUAGUCGUACGAACUUUUCACAACAAGUAAAACCAAAUGCAAUAAUUUAGAGCUAAAGUGUCUUUGAGUAUCAUAUUUUAAUUUAAAAGCUUUAAUUCAAAAAAAAAAAAUUAAUUCAAAAAUUUGCCAUUUAUAAAAUUGUUUGCCGACAGGUUUAAAAAUAAAAUUAAUGAAACAAAAUAUUUUUUAAUGAAAAAUAGAAUGUGAAAAUCAAUUUUAAUAUUUUAAAAUUGAAAAUUAGAAUCUCCCCUCAAAAUGCGAUCUUUGAAUAAAGUAAAAUGUUUUAAAAUUACUAAAACACUUUUCUUUUUGUUAAUUGUGAAAAAUUUAAAAACUACAUUUAAUAUUUUUAAGGAAAAUGUAAAAGAAGAGUUUACCUACACGUUGAUAAUAGAAUGAAAACUGAUUUUGAUACCGUUUACCACCUUAUGGCAAUUAUUUUAGGUCAUAAAAGGUAGGGUAUACUGCUACUACACAGAAAAGAAGUACUACUAUUAUAAACAUAUCUAUGAACUUUUAUUGUUACGAUCUGUUAUUUAAACUUAUUUACUAUUACAUUAUUCCGAAUAGUGUUAUGUGAAGAAUAUACAUAUUAUAAUGCUAUUAUAGAAUGUAAAUUAAAAAUAUAUUUUAAAAUAAAGACUUCUGUUAAAAAUA